AUGGUAGAAACAGGAGAUAGUGAGCUGAAAAACGCCCUGCCGUAUCUCAUCAUCUUGCUUUUGAUCACAAUCUCUGUGAUACCAUUGAUGAGUAGUCAUCUGGAAGAACGACGGAAGGAAAGCCUCAAACGAGCCGAGAAAGCGCCGUGGAUUGAUCAGAUGCCGAAUGCUUUGCCACUGCUGGAGGUCAACAAAUACUACACAAUCAGUCCCAACUUCUCAUCGCUCAGAAAACUUAAUGACACACUGCGAAAUUUCAAUCAAGCCUACAAAUUUCCAGUGAAUGAAACCAUCGAGGAUCAGGAGGCAAAUAUGUUUUUGGAAGUCCAUGUUACACAAAUGGAUAACAAUGUUACAAGAAUGGUAAAAAGAAGAGUGCAAACGAAGCUUUCAUCACUGGCAAUGAAAAUGGUCGAGCAUGGUCCGUAUGAGUUUGAAUUUGAUCCAACAGAGGUUGGAGAUCUGUUCGACUCAGUCUCGCAGCUUCUGGCUAGAGAACCAAGUCUGCUACAGCUGGCUUCAGAUGUGUGGAUCUACGGCAACCUCGACGGCAGCUAUUCUACUGUAUAUCGAUGGCUGCACUCAAAUGGUUGGCCGCCUAAAAGAAAAGUGCUAUUCCUCGGUGGCUAUACAGCAGAUGGACAGUAUUACUCUCUGGAAACAAUCACUCUACUUUUUGCUCUCAAGAAACAAAUGCCAAAUCAUGUGUACUUGUUGCGAGGCGCUUCAGAGGUGUACCCGAUACAUAUUGAGGGUCGUUUUUCUCGCCGAGUUACCAGAUGUUUGGAAGGAGUCAUUCAACGUGCAUGUGGAUACCUGCCUUUGGCAGCAACGGUUGCUGAUACGAUUCUUUGUUGCCAUGGUGGAAUCACACCAAGGCUUACAAAACUGAGUGAAAUUACCGAUAUCAGACGACCGAUACAUCAUAUCAAAAAGGGUACAAUCGCAGCGGAUCUGAUAUUCAGUGUGAUUAGCAAAACUACUGGACUAAUACCCGGUGCACGUGGUCAUCGAUUCAAUCCAAUGGUUGAUGAAACGGAAUUCCUUCUCAAGGCAUUAGGGAUGGAAAUGCUUAUCAGGAGUAGAAAUCCAGUGAAACAGGGAUAUCAGUCAUUCGGAGCACGAACGAUUUCAAUAUGGUCGGCACCGGGUGAAUCGAAUUGCAAAGCCGGAUCAGCAAUCCAUGUGAACUGUUCCAAGGUUCUAACAAUCGUCAAAAUGGGCGAAUAUGGUACCUUCACCAAAGAACAAACUGCUAACGCUUCUAAACAGCCACAUGACAGAGGAGCGGAUGCAUUACUACCCAUGAACAAGGAUCGCGAAAGAAGAAAGAAAAAGGCAGCCAAAAAAGAAGGAGGAAAACGUUCUUCUGAUAAUAGAGAGACGUAG